GACUCUGCGCAUGCGCGGUCUCCUAGGCUCUAUGGAUGCGUUUCCGUUUCGUGGGGCUCUUCCAGGCGAGGCUCGAGGGGCCUCUGUGCGCCACAAUUGCCUGGGGCCUUCUGGGAGCUACAAAAGAAGCGAGGUUUCCCCUGAGCCAGAGGAAUUCCGGGUGGCGACUCCGGGGCAGGAUCAGAAGAACCAGCGCCUUCCUGGGGCCCGCGGAGGCUUGCGCGUGUCCAGGGGCCGGGCGAGGCUAGCGGGCGCCCCCGGGGCUGCAGGCCUCCGGGCGGGCAGCCUGGGAAGGAGAGAGGUGUGUGCGUGCAAAAAGCGGAUCCCAGCAGUCCUGCGGAUGCCCUUGGCCCGCCCUUGGAUCACCGGUGGUUCCUGGCCCUUUCUUGAGAACGCCUGGAAAUGGACAGUACCCAGGUCCAGUAUCUCAGAUGGAACUUGCUCUUUCAGAGAUCAAUCUCCUUCAAGGACUUGGCUGUGGACUUCACCCGCGAGGAGUGGCAACGUCUGGGCCCUGCGCAGCGUCUCCUCUACAGGGAUGUGAUGCUGGAGACCUACAGUAACCUCAUCGCGGUGGGGCUUCAUGUGAGCAAACCAGAUGUGAUCUUAAAACUGGAGCAAGGAAAAGAGCCCUGGGUAGUGGAAAACUUGUCACGACAGAACCACGCAGAAGAUGAUGAGCCCUUAGAGAAGGACAAGAAAACACAAGACAAACAUUUGAAGCAGUUUUCAGUCGUCAAUAGCAAACCAAUGCUGGAAAAGGCCAAUCUGUCUGAGAAAACAGUUCCUCUCAACAUGAAUAGUGUUUCUUCGGGAAAAACACUCCAUAAAUAUGACCCUGGCGGAAAUGGCUUAGAAAAUAACUCAGAAAAAACCAUUGCAAAGCCAAGCAAAGCCAAUGGGAAAGUAGCUGCUGAUCAGGAUGGGCGAGGAAAGCCAGCUCUGCACACCAAGGCUGACAGAAGUCACUCUGCGGCAAAACGGUACAGACGUAAUGAAGUUAGGGAUGUCAAGGGUCAAGGUGAGGGUCUCACUCAACAACAGAAUACGCAGUCUGCAAGUCAGCCCUCCGAGCAUCGUGAAGGUGAACAGGAGUCAGCCGGCGCUGCGAGGUCGGAGGAGCAGCCUGAGCGGAAGCGGAAUGAAUGCGCCGAGUGUAGGAAGACCUUUUCAAAGAGGUCCACUCUCAUUGUCCACCUGAGAAUCCAUACCGGAGAAAGACCCUACGCCUGCAAUUACUGUAGGAAAACUUUCCGUAUAAAGGCAAGCCUCACUCGACACCAGCGGAUUCACACCGGAGAGAGGCCUUACAAGUGCAAGGAGUGUGGCAAAGCCUUCAUCGACAAGUCUGCCCUCAUCGUGCAUCAGAGGAUUCACGGAGGGGAGAAGUCCUACGAGUGUAACGAGUGUGGCAAGACCUUCUUCCGGAAGUCAGCCCUGGCUGAGCACUUCCGGUCCCACACCGGGGAGAAGCCUUACAAAUGCAAGGAGUGUGGCAACGCCUUUGGCAAGAAGUCGUACCUCAUCGUGCACCAAAGAACUCACCGGGGCGAGAAGCCCAACGAGUGUAAGGAGUGUGGGAAGACCUUCUUCUGUCUGUCCGCCCUGACAGCACACCAGAGGAUCCACACGGGGGAGAAGCCCUACGAGUGCAAGGAGUGUGAUAAGACCUUCUUCUGUCAGUCGGCCCUCAACGUGCAUCUGAGAAGUCACACCGGCGAGAAGCCCUACAAGUGCCGCCUGUGUGGGAAGUAUCUGUGCACCAAGUCUGCCCUGGUGGCGCAUCAGGUCAUUCACAGAGGGAAGAAGACCUUCGAGUGUCCCGAGUGUGGGAAGCUUUUCUACCUGAAGUCCACGCUCACCAUCCAUCAGAGAACCCACACAGGAGAGAAGCAUGGCUUGCUUAGUAAGUGGAGCCGAGCAUCCGCUGCGAAGCCCAACUGCAGCGAGCAGAAGAGGGCGGACGCCAAGGACAACGUGCACGAGUGUCACGACCACAAGCGGCCAGCCCACAAGAGCUCCCGCCGCUUCGCGCACAAGAGAACCAUAUGGGAGAGGCCUUACGAGUGUGAGGAGUGUGGGCGGACCUACUGCAGGAAGUCAGCUCUCAGGCACCACCAGAAGACGCACACGGGCGAGCGGCCCUACGAGUGCAAGGAGUGUGGGAAGACCUUCUGCCAAAAGGUCUCCUUCACGGAGCACCAGCGGACUCACACCGGCGAGAAGCCGCACAAGUGCAAGGAGUGUGGGAAGUCCUUCCGCCACAAGUCGGCCUUCACCGUGCACAAGAGGAUCCACACCGGGGAGAAACCGUACGCCUGCAACGAAUGUGGCAAGAGCUACCGCCGCCUCUGGACGCUGACUGAACACCAGAAAAUACACACGGGCGAGAAACCCUACGAAUGUAACCUGUGUAAGAAGUCAUUUCGCCACAAAUCAAACUUCCUCUUACAUCAGAAAACUCACAAGAAGUAAAUUCCAGCAGGGUAACAGAUAAUUUACGAGGUGCCCAAAUCCUGAAUUACACAUAAAGGUGUAAGGCCUUGUCAGCACGGGGACUACUACUGACGAGUUUCUGCCGGAGUCAGAGGGCUUACACGGACGACGUCCAACUCUCAUUGUUAACUGUGAAGACAUUCGGCAUUUCAGACAUUACACCAGGUGUGCCUGCCUCCCUUUCAAACCACGGAACAAACACUAAGUCCUACCUGCUCUCCCUCCAGUUAAUUUGCAUAGCGUAUGAUGUGGGCGUGAGGCCAGUGUUGAUUCCAGAUCAUUACCAGUUGUUCCUGGGAUAACUGGGCAGUGUCUGUUUAUGAGUUUACAGUAUUAACAGCUCAGACUACAUAGCCUGUUUGUCCCCUGUCGCUGCUGUCUAGUGACAGGCCCUAAUCCCUUCAUCUGCAAAGGUGAGUCAGCCGAGCCACCCUUCACUUCCCUACCUGUAGCGACUCCCACACAGCAGUAAGCAUUUGCUAAAGCCGAGUCAUUGGUUUUCUAAUAAGAGGCACAAGGUGGCUUGUAAGUGCCUCCUUGAGCUUCCAUGUAAGCCAAGAAAACAGUGACCGCAGUUACCAUAGCAAAACCAAAAAUGAAGUGAGCAGAUUUGAAUAGUGAAGAGGAUUUGGGGAGUGUUUGAGUCAAAACAGUGUCUGUGUUGUUUGUGUUUUAAAUACCUCUGUUGUAUUAGUGGUUUGAUUAUGUCAGUGUUUUCAAAAAUAUCUUGAUUUUUUUUUUUUAAUGAACAUGUCCAUAGGGGUAUGAUUUAGAAUUUACCUGUCAGCUUCUGAGAAAACGUCUCCAUGGUGCCAAAUAGAAUGACGUAGUGUGGAUAUGUGCAUCUAGCCAGAAUGUCUGCCAUUCGUGGUGGGUUAAUGUCAGGUCCUGGGAGCCAGCCCUGCUCUCUGAUGUGCUGUGCUUUUCCUAGGACAAUGAAGUGAGAAGGGCCACUGGGUAUCUUGUCAUGGGCCUUGCCUGUGGUUAAGCUGGCAAAUCAGCCCUUGGCAUGGCUGCCGUAAGUUGUGUUGUCCAGCUUAGUUUUGAUAAUGAGUGUCACUCUGACCUGUCUGCUGCCUCCGCUUGUGGUGUUGGGCUCUUAGGUAAGAAAAGAUGCCCCUUGUUUGAGACCCAUCAGAAAUCCCAGUAUGAACAAGAUUAUCUGUUUAUUCAGUUUGUAUUUUAUAUCCUUCAGUAAGGUAAAUACAUAUUUGUGAAUGCACAUGUAUUCGAUAUAUACUAAUAUAUGCUGAAACAGGAAUAUAUGUAUAUAUCAAUAGUAGUCUUUUUCUGAAAAUUUUAAUAAUUACUUAAAAGAUUUGGGUUUGCUGUUGCAAAUACAAUUUUAUCAUCUGCUUUUAAAAUUACUGAUAGAGGCCUGACAAGGAUUAGCAAGCAAAGGUGCUUGCUGGCAAGCCUGACAACCCGAGUUCAGACCUUCCGUCUCACGUAAUAGAGAGAACUGAUUUUCUUACACGCUACCCUGAUUUCCACAAGUGUGAUAUAACAUGCACACACACAACAAAUACAUACAUGCAUAUAUACAUACACACAUAAAUAAUAAAUAAGAUUUAAAGUGUUUUUAAAACUCACUGAUCAGAUUCUGAAGCAUUUUUACCACACUUGUCAAAGUGCAUUCCCUAUACUUACUUUUCUUCGCUUGGUCUUAGAAAACUCCCAGCUCCUUGUAGAGGAUGUUGGUGAGCUGUCUUGUGGAGGUAGUUUUUGCUCUUUGAAGAUCUGUACCUAGCUGUCUAAUUGUGCCUUCUGCUUGCCACUUAUGAGACAAAUCACAAUCUUGUGAUUAUGGAAUUGUUUCCCAUUAUUGGUUUGACCAAGGAAGAGAGUUUUUUCAAGUCUGGUGAGAAAUAUUUAAGUCCAUAAAUGGAAGGUCAGAGAGCCCCAAUCACAGAAAGUCACAAGACACAUCAGAGUGACACUUGAGGGUCCAGUGAGAGGACUCCGCUUGUUCUGCAAGCCAGCAACCCGGGACACCUAUAAAUGUGGACAGCGAGACCCGGCUCCGCAGGACUGUCCUCUGACUGUACGUGGGCUGCCGUCCCAAGCACACAGACAACAGUGCAGUUUUUAAAGUUGUUUUAAAAAGAAAUAACUUGAAGACACGUAAAAAAUCUAAAGCAACUAAAUGGAAGAGAAUCCUUAAAAGCAGCUGAAGGGAAUGGCGACAUGUAGGUCUGUGGACUUCCUACAGCUGCCACAAGAACCCAUCACACUGAUCAGAAGAGUGUGACGGUUCUCAGCUCACCUGUCAGGCCCAGUGCUGCGAGCCUGCUCCCUUCUGACCGCUGGAGGCCGGCUGGGCUUCUCCCGUGUGGUCUUCCUACAGCUUGUGGCAAUGCAACUUCAGGUUUUGCUUCUGUCCUCACUACGCCUGUUCCUCCUCACUGUGCAUGUCUGUCGUCUCUGCGGAUGUCUGUCUAUGUUUCCAUUUUAUCAGGACAUGUCUGAUCAAGGUCCCACCUUACUUACACGUGACCUCAUGUUGAUUGGCAUCUGUAAAAGCCUUAUUCCGUAAGGUCACAUUGAAAGUAUUAGAGGCUGGAGGGACAUUAUUGGUACCCUAAGACGUACCCCAUGUUUAGCAGAUUAAAAUGACGGUAGAUAUUUGUUGUGUGAGACUUUUACUGGGGAGAUGCAACACACCCUAGGAAAGAAAGUAUGCCAGGCCAAAGUAACAAUUACACUGAAGUCCAGCUCGGUAAGCCAGUGAGUUUAUUGGGGUUACUAGCGGGUAUGGGUGAGGGCUUGCUUACAGGAGCAGGAUGGCCCAGAAGCAGCUGCUUUAUCAAAAUCCCCCUCCAGCUCGGGUGGUGAAAGCUGCAGCCCUGGACCUCCCUGCCGAGCCUGCAGACGGCUCAGCAGCCUGACUGGCUAGUCUCCUUCCCCAGCGAUUAUUACUGCAUCUAUAAAGACUCUGAGGGGCUUCCAGAUGGUGUGGGGUAACAUCACCUGCCACCAAGCCAGACAACCUGUGUUUGGUCCCGGGACCCACAUGGUACAGGAAGAGAACCAACUCCUGCAAGCUGUCCUCGUGUCCCCCACACACUCUGGUCCCCAAAUACACAAGAAAAUGCAAUUUUUAUUUUUUGAGACAUGGCUCUCUGUAUCGCCCUGGCUGUCCUGGAACUCGCUCUGUAGACCAGGCUGGCCUCGAACUCACAGGAGAUCUGCCUCCUGAGUGCUGGGAUUAAAGGUGUGUGCUGCCAUUACUACCCAGCAUAAAUGUAUUUUUUUUAAUGAAAAGUUUUUUUAAAAAAUAUUUAUUUUUAUGUGCAUUGGUGUUCUGCCUGUAUGUCUGUAGGAGGGUGGCAUAUCCUCUGGAACUGGGAUUACAGUUGUGAGCUGCCAUGCGGAUGCUGGGUAUUGAACUCUGGUCCUUUGGAAGAGCAGCCAGUGCUAAGUCAUCUCUACACACACACACACACACACAUCCAAAUGAAGGGUUAAAGAUCAGGGCAAUUGCAUGUUUAUGUGCCAAUUGGAAACUCUUUCUGAAGGGGAUGUGUCUGAUUUCUUUUUUUUGGGGGGGGGGAGGUGUUUCAUUGCUGUGAUAAAGACACCAAGACCAAAGCAGCUUGGGGGGGGGGAGGUGUUUCAUUGCUGUGAUAAAGACACCAAGACCAAAGCAGCUUGGGGGGGGGGGAGGACUGAUUUCCUCUUCCUGCUUACAGUCUGUACCUAUGGUAAAUGAGGGCAGAACCUGGAGGCAGGAGCUGGAACAGGCCAUGGAGGAGCGCUGCUUGCUGGGUUGGCCAGUCUGCUUUUUUUUUUCUUUUUUUUUUUUUUUUUCAUAUCACUCAGGACCACCUGCCUGGGGAUGGCCCCACUCCCAAUGAGCUGGGCACACAUCGAGAAAAUUCUCUACAGGCCAAUCUGUUAAGAGGCUUCCUCCUCCCAGAUAAGAAGGAUGGAAGGAAGUUCUAUUUGGGGCAGUGAGUUGAGCUGGAGUCUGGCGCACAGGGAGGCCCUAUAAUGAUAGAUGUGGUGUUGCCCUGCUGAUUCAUCCGCAGGGUGGGAGCUUGUGGACUGCUGUUGUAAUUGCUCCUAUUCUGCCCGUGAGGCAGAGAGUAGCCAUUCUCUUAGAGCAGGAGGUGAGUUUUUAGAAAUUAGCCAUUGAUGGAGCUGACAGCUUUCAGUUCUGCCCUAUUGCUUUGUGUAUAAAGCUGGCUUCUGUGGCACCCCACUGGGGGGAGUCUUUGGAUAUUUAGGAAAGUGUCUAUUUUCUCAGCUAAUGUCUUCAUGCGAUGCCUUAGAGUGCCCUGUUGUUUGCAGGAAUGCGCUGACACUGUCCACUGACUGCAUACAGUCAGCAGCCCAUGUUGAAAUCACUUGGCGAUCUCAUCUUCCUGGCUUACUGGGAAGCUAGCUUAGCAGACAUUCUCUAAACUAGGCACAGCGCCUCUAUGUCUGUGGGCUGUGUGAAGUCAGUGGGACUACUUGGGAAAGCCUUGGCUUCCACCUAUACAGCAGAUCCUUCACAUCUAGUGUGAAGUGUUCAAAAGCUGCACCUGAUGCCUGCAGACCCCACAGAACGCCCCCCACACAGGGACUAUUAUCAACAGGGCUCUCUGGCCACCAGAUAUCUGGAUGUCCCAGUCAGUGACUCUCUGCUGGGGUUUGAGCUCUCUCAGGUCCUGUGUCAUUCCAGAUUCAGUCAAGAGCAGAGCUCUACAGCCGCUUGCAGGCAUUCAUUGCUGACUCUAACUCCAAAGGCACAGCUGCCUCUUCCUCUUCUCCCUCUUCCCAGAAACCGCUGAGACUUACAGCCUGCCCGCCUGCCGUGUAUGUGUAUAUACACAGAGGUGUGACUGUAGGCAACUGUGGGGAAGCUGUGGCAUGACUGAGCCCGUGUCUCAGGCCUCGGUGUGAAAUCUACAGACCGAGCAGCCAGGAAGAAAAUGUGAACGUCAAAUGACAAAGCCAGGCACAUGAUGCGAGUGAGUGUUCCAUACAAGUGAAACCAUCUGUGGUGUCACACUCUCAGACACUGAACAACUUGACCCAAGUUAGAGUGGAGACUGGAAGGACAGGGUGUAGCAUUGCCCUGAGUCCCCCACGAAGUUCCCCCUCAAAGCUGUCCCAUCAGCUCAGAAUGUACUAGAGAGGGCUGAGGACUGAGUACCACUGCUGGUUUUCUGAGGCUGUUUGUCUUCUGAGAGCAUGCUUCCAGAAGGCCAGAGAGUGGAGUGUCACCUGCUGCACACCUAAGCUAUAUAUUACAAGCUAUAGACCAGUACAAUAUGCUAUGGCAGAGAGAGGCACCAGGCUGGGUACUGUAUGCAGUUGUAAGGAUUGUGUGUAUCUAAAUAGAAAAGGCCCAGUAGAGGUGCUGCGCAACUUAGUUACUGCUCCUUGCUGUAAGAAAGUAUCCUUUAAAGGCAAGUGAAGGGAGAAAAGGUUUGGCUCACAGUUCCAGAGGUACACAGUCCUCCAUGGCAAGGAAGAUGUAGAGGCUGGUAGCCAGGGUAUGGAGUCAGGUGAUGCACUAUAAAACUGCAAGGCCCACCCCCAGUGACCCACUUCCUCCAGUAAGGCUCCACCUCCUGUAUUCUAUAACCUGCCAAACAGCACCAGCAGGUGGGGACCAAGCAUUCAGACACAUUAGCCUAUGGGAGACGUCUCAUAAACAAGCCACAAUCCGAGGGUAUAGGAGUUUUUCCACUCCAUUAUAUACUCUUAUGGGCCCACUGUCAAUCAAAGCAUCCUUAUGUGACUCUCAUCCGUAUAUGCCAAAUAAACUCACUUCUGUCAAUAAAAAGUAAGAUAUCAGCCAUCA